AUGGACUUCCCAGUGAAAUACAAGCAACUAUGGAGUGAUUGGGGUAUUCGUGUCCUGAUGUUACUUAGUCUAUCUAUUCAAAUAAUUCUCAUCUUCCUCGGUCGCUGGAGAAAAACUUCAACUUCGAAAUGGAUACAAAUGUUAGUCUGGAGCAGCUACUUACUCGCUGAUUGGGUCGCCGACUUCGUGCUCGGCCAACUAAGCAAUGCCAUGGAUGAUUCUUCCUCCUCUAAUGCUAUUAUUGCUUUGUGGGCUCCAUUCCUCAUCCUCCACCUUGGUGGCCCCGACACCAUCACUGCCUACUCCAUGGAAGACAAUGCCCUAUGGCCUCGCCAUCUUGUUGGCCUUAUUUAUGAGCUCAUCAUCGCCUUCUAUGUACUUGUUCGCUCCAUGCCCAACACUCGCUUACUCGCCCCCACCAUCUUGAUAUUUUUUGUUGCUAUCAUCAAAUAUGCUGAGCGCACUUAUUCUCUUUAUAAAGCUAGCACCGAAGGUUUUCGUAGCUCCAUCACAUCCUCUGCUAGAAAAAAAUCAAUAAGCAUUUCUUUUACCACUUCAGACGUAGAUGAUUUGAAUGUCUUGAAUGGAUCUUUUGGGAUAUACCUAGUCUCCAAGCCUUCGUUUAUAGAUUCUUAUCCAUACAGUAUCAUUUAUGAUGUAUAUAGGAACGAUUUCAUGGAAUCGCUAGGCAACAACACUUUGAAAGUGAUGGGUGUGAUACUUAGUUAUGCUUAUGAUGAUCUUUAUACUAAAGCCGCUGUAAAUCACUCUAGAGUUGGGUACAUCCUCCGAGCGCUUUGCUCAAUUUGCAUUAUGAUGGCUUUCUCGCUCUUUGUCUUGGCACCAAAGGAUGAUUAUGAUAAACUUGAUGUGGCCGUCACUUAUGUCCUACUUGUGGCCUCUAUAUUCCUUGAUGCUAUGGCUACUAUUAUGCUCUUGUUCUCAGAUUGGAUGAUGGUUACUCUUCUUAAUGUCAAGAAAUUACGUAAAUUUAGCAAGUUGCUUGCUAAGCACAUUUUUAGAAUUAAAAGGGUGUGCCUGAAGAGAAAGUAUUGGUUGAGAGAGAUGCCACAAUUGAAUCUAAUUAAUAAUUGUCUUAAGAAUUCUACACUGAAUAAAGGUCCUCGACGAAGCAUGAUGGAUUGGAUUAAAGAAAAGCUGAGCUCAGUGCUGGGGACAAAGUCGUACUUAAGUGGUUACUUGGACUAUAAGGGUUUCACCUUCUACACAUCGCAGCCGAUACAGGCAACCGAAGAGCUUCAAGACAUUUUAACUACAUAUGCACAUAGACGGAUUCCAAUAUGUUUGAAUGAAUCUAGUAAACCUAUAUUCCUAGAAGAUAUUCAAGAAGUUACUACUGCCCUUAAUUGGGUUGAUCCGUCAUUUUUUGAGCAUAUAAGUGAAUUGCCAUUUGAUCAACAAGUUCUAGUAUGGCACAUCUCCACUGAGCUUUGCUUCCACUGGAAGUCAGAGCAUCUACAUCCCUUGUAUCCUCAUCAAAUAACAAUUGAAGCAGAGGACAAAAAACUAAGAUGUUCAAAGAUGGAAGUUUGCAAGUGCUUAUCAAACUACAUGAUGUACAUGGUGCUAAGGCGACCAGAGAUGAUGUCAACAAUGGGAGGCAAGAGCCCACUUAUAUUCAGGUUGACAUGUGAAGCUAUGGUUCAAUUCAUUUGUAGACUUGUUGAUAACAAUCGCUUAUCGCUUCCAAAUGCAAAAGUUGAGGAGGUAUGUAGGGAGAUGUUGACUACUCCGAUAGGGUCAAUACAAGCUCAAUCUUUAUUUGAUUUAGCAGUAGUGCUUGCUCAUCUUAUGCUUCUAAUUAAGGAUGAAGUAAGAUGGCAUGUUUUCACCACGGUGUGGACAGAUCUUCUAAUACAAGGGGCUAAAAAUACCAAAGCAAUCACCCAUGUGAAGCAACUAAGCAGGGGAGGUGAGCUCUUAACUUUUAUCUGGCUUCUCACUAAACAUGCUAUGACAGCUAAGUUUUUGUAUUUUACACGUUCUAAGAUAGACAAUUUGAUUGAUAUGGCCAAGGAGCUCUUGUCUAAGAUUAAAGAUCAGUUGCAAAGCCAACAUUGA